AGAUUUCAUAUACCGCGAAAUAAAACGGAAGUAACGGGUCCUCUCCCCAGAAUAAUAUAUCUCAACCCCCAAAUCCAAAUCAACGAACCGCCUCGUUUCUUCUCCGGUAGAACAGGAUUGAAAUCGGCUCUCUCUUAGAACCCUAAUUUUCAGAACUGAAUCGGAAGAAAUUCCGGCUAAAGCCAAAUUCAACCAUGAAAUUGAGGCUCAGAUCCCUGGAAUCCAAACAAACCCUCAGAAUCGAAGUCCCCGAUCCAUGUACCCUCGACCACCUCAAACAGACGCUUCUCCAAACUCUCUCUUCUUCCUUUUCCGCCGAUUCUCUUCACCUCUCUCUCAAUCGGAAGGACGAGCUCCAAGGGUCUUCGCCGGAGGAUUCGUUGCACUCCUUGGGUAUUACUUCAGGUGACCUUGUUUUCUUCACUUUCAAGCCUUCCGAGUUUUCCUCUCUGGGAGGUACGUCAAUUCAAUCCUUUCAAGGUCUUCUUCCUUGUUCUUCUUCGCAAGUUUCGUCUUCGUCGCUACGGCUGGUUAAAGGAAAGCAAAUCCAGGGUAUCGAUUGUGAUUUGAAAAAACCUAGGUUGGAGGAGUCGGAGGCUAAAUCCAUGGGGCUCGAGUCCUUGGGUGUAGAAAUGACUACAUCUAGCAUGAUCGAGGAAGGGGAGAAGCCCGUGGAGUCGGAUUGUGAAGAAAUGGAGGUUGAAGAAGAGCCAACCGUAGUUGUGGAAAAGAAAUUUUCGAGACCGAUCUUUUUGAGGAGAGUUUUGAAGGAGGAGUUAGGCUAUGAUCGUAAUGCGCACAAACUUUUGGUAACUGCCGUUCACGCAGUACUUUUGGAGUCUGGAUUUGUGCUAAUUAAUCCUAAUUUAGAUUCUGAGGAUAAUCCUUUUCGUAUGCCGGAAGAUUGGCCUUCCCCAUCGUUUUCGAUGUCACUUUGGUACACUUUACCCGAACUUUUGACCAAGGGGGGAAAGAAUUCUACCAUGACUGAAGUAGUUUUAUUGAAGUUUCAGAGUUUGGGGUACUUUGUUAAUGUUUAUGGGUCUCUUAACUGCAGUAGAGGAUCUAGUGUGUAUCGUGUAUCUUUGGAUGAGAGAAAAUUUGCACCAAAUCUUGAUCUGAUUUGGGUGGAUUCAGUAUCCAGUUACAUAAUGGAUGAAAAAGAAGGGAACCCAGAGAAACAAGUUUUUGAAUUGUGGAAGGUAGUGAAGGAUGCUCUUGCAUUGCCACUCUUGAUUGAUAUCUGUGAAAAAACUGGUUUACCACCUCCUGCAAGCUUUAUGCUACUUCCAGCUGAUGUGAAGCUGAAGAUUUUAGAGUCUCUUCCUGGUGUGGACAUUGCAAGAGUUGAAUGUGUGUGUACGGAAUUGCGUUACUUGGCUUCCAGCAAUGAGCUGUGGAAGAUGAAGUUCAAUCAAGCGUUUGGUUUAGAGGAUGGUGUUUCAGGAAACAGACUUUGGAAGCCAAAAUUUGUUGAUUAUUAUGAGAAAGAAAAGCUGAGAAACAGGAGAAGUAGCAACAUGAGGGAUCUUGUUAGUUUUGGGCGGCGGCGUCGACCCCCUUACCCUUUCCCAGUUCCUCAUAUAAUUGGCGGAGAUUAUGACAUUGUGCCUGGUAUCAGGCUCCCUCCAUAUGGAGUUCCUGCACAGUCGUUACCUCGGAUUCCACGGCGACACGUUUUCAUGCCACAUUAUGAUUUGAGAGGACGAUGAGUACUGAAUCCGAAUUCAAUCUAGGCAGUUUUUGGUGUAGUUUUGGGUGUUUAACUGUGUUUUAUGCCAGGGAUAAGGUGUUAGGAAUCUUGCCAGAAUGGAGAUAUCAGGUUAGGCCACGAAUCCUUUGUAAAUAGAACUUGCCUGAUUGCCUCAAAGCUCUUGUCUUUGCAUAAAUGGAGAUACUGCUCUCUGAAGGUUUUUUCUUUUUUUUUGUUAGUCCUUCACUGUUGAAGGAUAUUAAUAAGUUGAGCUCAACUGCGAACUGGAAUAUCAUCAGUUUUCUGUUUGAGCUGAGAAGUUGAUUAUAUGAUUAUGCUUGAAUUAAAUAUGACCUUCGCUUUCUGAAAGUUUUAUAAUUGUCGAUUGUCUUUCUAUCCAAUGAUUUUAAUAAGUUGGGUUCAAUUGUAAAGUGGAAUAUUAUGUAAUUUUUGUUUGUAACUGAGAAGAUGCUGCUGUGAUUAUGUUAAAAUAAUAUGGCCUUGGAAGUUCCAAAA